GCUGUAGAUGUCAGGCAGAAAUGCAAAACCUUUCCCUCUAAUCUUUCAAUUCCAGAGAAGAGCGUCAUUCAUCUUUGUUGGAAAAGUUUCAUCGGCAGCUUUCAGUCAUUCCUACAAGCUUUUCAGCGUUAAAUCGUUUACAAAAAUAUAUUUUUUAAAAACUUUCGAUAAAUGUAGUACUGAGAUGUUGGCAAACCAAAAAAACAAAACAAAACAAAACAAAAAAAAAAACCAACUAUAUUUAUGUCCACCGAGUUCAGCGUUAACCUGAAAAGGCCUGAAACCUCCGGACAAAUCCUCCAGAAAUAGGCGAGCGCCAAAUAUAGCUCAGUCAGGUUACCCUGAGAGCCGGGAGGAUGGAAGAAAGGGGAUUAAUACGGAAGCACAGAGUGUUGAUUGUUCUCUCAUUUACAGGAAUUCACUAAAUCCCUGGUUUUCUGCAGGACGUGCAAAGCCGAUCGGAAGAGCAGGAAGCAUGGCUGUAGUCAGUGGAACUUACCGCAUGGUGUCGGAGGAGGAGCAGGCGCUCAGGGCCAAGCUGGAGCAUCUCACCAUCAAGGACCACGGCCCCGUGUUUGGACCCUGCGCCAGCCUGCCAGACCACACCAGGCAGAAGGCCAAAGAUGAGCUGAACGAGACGGAUGAGAAGCGCGUGUCGGCAGCGAAGGAGCUCCGAGGUAUCAUUAAGGAGAAGGCGGAGGCCGGAGAUGACCUGGCCAAGGGGGUGCAGGACACCUUUGGGGAGAAACCAGACAGUCUGCUGGUCCGCUUUAUCCGCGCCAGGAAGUACGACGUGCCCAGAGCCUUUGACCUCAUGAAGGGAUAUGUCCGCUUCCGGAAGGAUUACCCCGAGCUGUUUGAGAACUUGACCCCAGAGGCCGUGCGCAGCACCAUCGAGGCCGGCUACCCCGGCAUCCUCCACAGCAGAGACAAAUACGGACGCGUGGUUCUGCUGUUCAACAUCGAGAACUGGGACUACGAGGAGAUCACCUUUGACGAGAUUCUGCGCGCCUACUGCGUGAUCCUUGAGAAGCUGCUGGAGAACGAGGAGACUCAGAUCAACGGCUUCUGCAUCAUUGAAAACUUCAAGGGCUUCACCAUGCAGCAGGCGUCAGGGAUCAAACCCACCGAGCUCAAGAAGAUGGUGGACAUGUUGCAGGACUCCUUCCCAGCCCGUUUCAAGGCCGUGCACUUCAUCCACCAGCCCUGGUACUUCACCACCACUUACAACGUGGUGAAGCCCCUCAUGAAGAGCAAGCUGCUAGAGAGAGUGUUCGUUCACGGAGACGAGCUGGAAAACUACUACAAGGAGUUUGACCCCGAAAUUCUUCCGUCCGAGUUUGACGGAAAAGGUUCCAAGUACGACGGCAAGGCCACGGCGAGCAAGCUGUUCGACUAGUCGUCGUAGAAACCUGUCGCCCAGCAGUCUGACAGCUGUAAUGCAGUGGAGAAAAAAAUGUAACAGAAUAAUCCAGCUGUGUGGAUGUAGGAAGAAUAGUUAUGAAUGAAACAUAGGAAAGUGUGUGAAAGGCUGACGAAGAAUCCGUUUUCCAGAUGUUCUGACAAAACCCAGUCCUACAGAAAGGGGGCGGUACCAAGCUUAAACCUUAGCUUUCUCUAACUCAUGAAUUUUGAGCAGAAAUUACAAAUGGUUUUGUAAUUUAACAAAUCUUUUACCCAAAACAGAUGGCAAUUUAAAUUCACACGGAAACCUGAUUGGAAAAUGAAUAUUUCUUUCUGCAUUAAAAGAGAAAAUGUUGUCCACUUCCCACUGAUUUCCCAACACAACAUCUUAGAAGCUGAAAAAGAAAGUCCCAUCAGGGAUGAUAUUUCAAACACCAUCGUUAUGGCUGAAUCGCCGUGGCAACUGGGUAUAUUUUAAACAGAUUUCAGGAGUUUUAAUGUUGUUUUACACACCAGAUGAUGAGACUCAAAGUAUGACAUGUCUGUCAUUUUUUUCUUUAGAUUCACUUUCAGAAUAAAAGCAAGUUUUACCCGACACACCACCUUGUACUCCAGCAACAAUGUCAAUAAAUGUACAAUAAACUGUAUAUAAAUAUAA